CUGACUGAGUUUGUCUCCGUGUCUUACAUCGUUGUCUCUGCCAGCAUUGCACUGCUCUCUCACAUUAUUGGUAUCAAGCACAUGAAGACCAACUCUGAUCUUCUUCUUUCUUGUUUCCGUGACAUUUUAGGUGGAUUUGUGAAAACAGGCAGAGACGUGUACAGGAAGGUCCAGGGACGCGACCACCCCCCCCACCCCGCCAUCAUCAACCUCACAGGAGACGGCGGGGGGGCCGUGCUGACGAAGAGGGAGGAAGAGGAGCGGCGGAUCGCAGAGCUGGGCCGUCCGGCGCUGGGCGAACACGCCCGGCUGGAGGUCGUCAUCGAGGAGUCGUACGAGUUCAAGGUCGGAGCCCGG